AUGUCACUAGUAUGGGCAUCCCUAAUCACCAAUCUGGACUACCUCCCCGGCCUCCUCACCCUCCACCACUCCCUCUACAACCCAACACCCGACCCCGCAACCUCAACGUCAACCGCGAGCACCAACGACACCGACCCCCGGCCGGAGCAAGGCUCGCGCUACCCAUUCGUGGCCCUGUACACAUCAGCCUUCCCAGCAGAGGGCCUCAAGGCGCUCCAGGCGCGCGGGAUCCCCGCACAAUGGGUGCCAUCGGUCACACCAGCCAGUGCGCGCGAGUACGCGCAGGACCCGCGGUUCGCAGAGACGUGGACGAAGCUGGUGGCGUUCUCGCUGGAGGAAUAUGAUCGCGUGGUGCUGCUGGACGGGGAUAUAUUGGUGCGGCGCAACAUGGAUGAGCUGAUGGAUCUGCCGCUGGACUCGCCGGCGACGCUCGAGUCGGGUGCCGCGCGCCGUGUGUUUGCUGCUGCUCAUGCUUGUGCUUGUAAUCCUAUGAAGAAGCCGCACUAUCCUUCGCACUGGAUCUCCGAAAACUGCGCCUACACCUCCCAACACCCCAUGCCUGACUCCGCGCAGACGGAUGCCCCAUCUCCCGAAACCGGGGUGAGUAUGCUGAACAGCGGGGUCCUGGUGAUAACGCCGUCCGCGCAUAUCUACAACGAGAUCACCGCCGCGCUGCAGGACACCGCGCGCAUCGAGCGGUACGAUUUCCCUGACCAGGAACUGCUGUCGGAGGUAUUCAACGGGCGAUGGGUGGCGAUCCCCUACGUGUACAAUGCGCUGAAGACGCUGCGCUGGCCGACAGUGCACGGCGCCAUCUGGCGGGAUGCCGAGGCGCGCGCGGUGCAUUAUAUCUUUGCCAAGAAGCCGUGGCAUGAGGCGGCGUCGGAGGCGCAGCGGGAUACACUUGAGGAGACGAGUCGGUGGUGGUGGGAGGCUAAUUGGGAGCGGCGGAGGGCUGAGAAGGAGAAGGGGAUUGAAGGAAUUGAGAUUUGA